AUGAACGACCACUACGUCGACGACAUACUCUCCAGUGCCAACGACGUCGCCAUGGCCCGACAUAUUCGAGACCAGCUAAUCGAACUUCUGCAAGCCGGCGGGUUUCCUCUGCGCAAGUGGGUAGCCAAUGUGCCCGAGCUGCUGGACGACCUCCCCGACGACGUGCGCCUGCGGCCCACUUGGUGUCAGCUUAGCGCUGAAAGUCUCGUUAGUGAGCUUGGUGUGAGCUGGGACCCACCGUCAGAUUGCUUCCUGCUAACACCUCCCCUCAUACAGCACCAAACUACUAAGAGGACCAUGCUCGCAGCGCUCGCGGGCCUGUUUGAUCUAUGCUGUUGGCUUGCGCCGAUCGUGCUGAACGCUAAACUCCUGCUGCAAGACUUAUGGCAAUCCAACUUAGACUGGGAUGAGUCUGCUCCGUCGUCCAUGAUUCAAAGGUGGACUGCCUUUGCCGCCGAGCUCCAAGCCAUCUCUGGUCCAUCCCUGCCUCGUUGGAUCGGAACGUUCGCGUCAGCGGACAUUCACCUCCACGUAUUUUCCGAUGCCAGCCACCGCCCGAUGGCUGCUGUCCUGUACUCUAGACUCCAGGCCAGGGACGGUUCUGUCCGCUGCCACAUCUUCCUCGCUCGCACGAAGCUGGUGCCCAUCCGCACUCUUAAGCCAAUGGCCGAGCCCGUGGCCAGGAUGACCAUUCCUCGCUUGGAGCUUCGCGCCGCCCUGCUGGCUGCUAAGCUUUUGCGCUCAACGGCCGAAGAACUAGCAGUUCCGAUUGAGCACUGUCACACCUGGUGCGAUUUGCAAAUUGUGCUGCACUGGGUUCACUCCAAUCAGCCAACCAACAAUGCCCUCGUCGACAACUACGUGGCCCAGAUACAGGACACGCUACCCUCGAGCGCCUGGCGGUACGUGCCGUCACAGUCCAAUCCAGCCGACGUGAUCACUCGAAGCGUGGACAUGUCCGGUCUUAGACAACAACUCCUGUGGUGGGACGGUCCGCCGUGGCUCACCGACAACGACCGAGCCUGGCCCUAG